GUGACCUCGAGGUUAGAGGAUCACUCCUUGCACCUGCGACUCCAGGCCUCAGUUUCUCCAUUUAGAAGGAAAGAAGGGAGGAUAGGAUGCUGCUGGAGCGAAGGCGGAGACUUGAAAGUUGGAGAAUUGCGCCCCGCCCAGUGUCUGCGACCCCUGGCCUCAGUUUCCCCAUCGGUCAGAGCUUUACUGGACAGCUCCUCCGGGAGCCCCGGCAGGCUUCGCCGGGUCGGGGGCGGCGCUGCCAGAGCAGGGUCGGGGUCCCAGGAGCGUAGCCCCCCGCGGCUGCGCGCUGCGCGGAGCGGUGACAUCACUCGGCGGGGAGGAGCGCACGGCUCCCGGCCAGGCUCAGCCGGGGUUCCUCGGCGGCCGCGGCCAUGACGCAGGGUCCCGGUGGCCGCGCGGCCCCCGAGCCCGAGGCGCCCACCACCUUCUGCGCGCUGCUACCGCGCAUGCCGCAGUGGAAGUUCGCGGCGCCCGGUAGCUUCCUGGGCCGCGGUCCGGCGGCUGCGCGCGUGGCGGGGGCGGCAGAGGCGCAGCCCGAGCCUGGGGUCCCCGCGCUGGCCGCCGUGCUGGGCGCCUGCGCGCGCUGCGCCGCGCCCUGUCCGCUACCAGCUCUCGGCCGCUGCCGGGGCUCCGGGUCGCGGGGCGCGCGGGGAACUCCCGACGUCGCCGACGAGUGGGUGCGCAAGGGCGGCUUCAUUCACAAGCCCGCGCACGGCUGGCUGCACCCCGAUGCGAGGGUCCUGGGGCCCGGGGUCUCUUACAUCGUUCGGUACAUGGGCUGCAUUGAGGUGCUCCGAUCUAUGCGCUCCCUGGAUUUCAACACCCGGACACAGGUGACGAGGGAAGCCAUCAAUCGGCUCCACGAGGCUGUGCCAGGUGUCCGAGGCUCCUGGAAGAAGAAGGCCCCCAACAAGGCGCUGGCCUCCAUCUUGGGGAAAAGCAACCUGCGCUUCGCCGGCAUGAGCAUCUCAGUCAACAUCUCCGUGGACGGCCUUAACUUGUCAGUUCCCGCUACCCGUCAGAUCAUCGCCAACCAUCACAUGCAGUCUAUUUCCUUCGCCUCCGGUGGCGACACGGACAUGACCGAUUACGUGGCCUAUGUGGCCAAGGACCCCAUCAACCAGAGAGCCUGCCACAUCUUGGAAUGCUGUGAGGGUCUCGCCCAGAGUGUCAUCAGCACCGUGGGGCAAGCCUUCGAGCUGCGCUUCAAGCAAUACCUGCACAGUCCGCCCAAGGCUGUCGUGCCCCCUGAAAGGCUGACGGGGCUGGAGGAGUCAGCCUGGGGUGAUGGUGAGGUUACUGCAGACCACGAUUACUACAACAGCAUUCCAGGCAAGGAGCCACCCCUGGGCGGGCUGGUGGACUCCAGACUGGCUGUCACACAGCCCUGUGCGCUGACAACACUCGGGGGCCAUGGACAGGGAUUGUCACCUGCAUGGAGAGAUGUCCGUGGCUUGCCUUGGGACAUGGGCCCCUCUGGAGCAGUCCCACCUGGGGAUGGCUACGUGCAGGCAGAUGCCCGAGGGCCACAUGACUACGAGGAACACCUGUAUGUCAACACCCAGGGCCUGGAUGCUUUGGAGCUUGAGGACACCUCCGAGACACCUCUGCAGCCUGAGGACAGCCCCAAGAAGGACCUGUUUGACAUGCGACCCUUUGAAGAUGCCCUGAAGUUGCACGAGUGCUCCGUGGCAGCAGGCAUUACUGCAGCCUCACUCCCUCUGGAGGAUCAGUGGCCCAGCCCCCCUACCCGCAGGGCCCCCAUUGCACCCACAGAAGAGCAACUGAGGCAGGAGCCCUGGUACCAUGGACGAAUGAGCCGUCGGGCUGCAGAGAAGCUGCUUCGUGCCGAUGGGGACUUCCUUGUGAGAGACAGCAUCACCAACCCGGGGCAGUAUGUCCUCACAGGCAUGCACCUGGGGCAGCCCAAGCACCUGCUGCUGGUGGACCCCGAGGGUGUGGUACGGACAAAAGAUGUGCUGUUUGAGAGCAUCAGCCACCUCAUAGACUAUCACCUGAAGAACGGGUUGCCCAUCGUGGCUGCCGAGAGUGAACUGCAUCUGCGGGGAGUGGUCUCUCGGGAGCCAUGAGCCAGGUGACAGUCGUCAGCCCUUGCUGUGGCCCCGAGGGCUCAGCCUUUCUCUCAGACCCUGAAGCCACGAGAACCAGAAUGGCUACCACCUCUCCUUCCGCAUGAGCCUCAGGAAGCCGCCUUUUUCCAGCUGCACUUGCUCAGCUGGCUGGGCCAGUGAGAAGAGUCAGGGUUCAAGCCCCUGGUCCCACCUGAGCCCCAACCCUGAACUUGGGUGAGGCUGUAUAAACCAAAGACAGACCAAGUCGCCUUUAACAAAGAAAUCCAAAUGCAGGUCCCAUGCCUCUGGUCCCCGGCGUGGGUAGAGAU